CAUAUUGCGCUCUAUGACAAUGAUCGCCUCGACCCAUACGACUUCAAUACGGCUCAGCGCGCGGUCAUGAUGACACUGCACCUCCCGAUCAAUGCCACGCACUGCAACGACUCCUGCAGCUUCGACUACAUGCCUCCCGAGACUGCCAAAGUAGCCAACAAGCAGUUCUUCGGAAACGAAUCCGCCGGCAUCUUCGAAAGCAUCCACGGCGAACAAUGCUGCGGUUCCAACACCACCAUCGACCUCUCCCAAUACACACCCGUCAUCUUCGAGCCCGACGUCGGCACUAGCAGACACCUCUACACCGCCAUGGCACGAGAAAUCGUCUCUCAAGGCCACCCCGUCAUCGUCAUCGACCACCCGUCCGACAGCCUCGUCGUCGAAUUCUCGCCCACACCCGACACCCACACCGUCGUUCACCAAACCAUCAAGCUCUCCCCCUACGAGCCCCUCCGGCCCUGGAACACCACCGUAACCGAAGCCCUCACCACCCGCAUCGCCGACAUCAACUUCGUCCUCCACGAGCUCCUCACCCUCCGGCACCUCAACGACCUCUUCCCCUCCCUAACCUUCACCCACCCCUUCUCCCUCACCCCCUCCACCCCCCUCGGCAUCAUCGGCCACGGCCUCGGCGGCACCGUAGCAACCUACCUCUCAGCCACAGACCCGCGCUUCACCAUCUCCAUCAACCUCUCCGGCGCCUCACCCCCCCUCACAUCCCCAACAACAUCCCAAAUCCUCUUCUUCGGCCGCACCGGCACCGGCAGCACCACCCCCUUCACCCGCGACCACGCGCCCCACUGGCUCACAACCUGGCCGCUCCUCCGCGGCAAAGCCUCCGAACUCGACAUGCUCAACGCCGGGGCCCUCCAAUUCUCCGACCUGCCGCUCGUCGCGGAGCUCGCG